AUGGCUCUCUACCGUCGUGGACUGCGUCUGAUCCGUACGAAGCCCGAGGCAUCGCGCUACGAUUUUCUGCUGUACCUCCGCCACUUUUUCCGGCACCCCUCCAUGGGCGGCGGCGUAUCCGUGCGUGACUUUGCCACCGUCGAGUACAUGAUGCGCCGCGGAAACAAAAUGCUCGAAGAUAUUUACGAGAACCCUAGUACUAAGCGCAUCCGCUUGAGUCCCGCGGUACUCGACGACAUGCACGAGCUCGGCCUGAGUGCGUACCGCCGACGCCCAUAG